AUGUCUGCCAAUACUUCACCUUCCAGAAAAACACAAGCGAAGGAGGAGCUUGAUCGGACAAUUCGCUCCAUCAGCUCAGAAUUCCAGCUUCAGCUCCAGAUUCCCGACCCGACACUGUCGCCUACUGAGCGCCAGCUCCAGCGCCGUGGUGAGGAACAGGAAAGAUGCGAUGUUAUCUACUAUCGCGCACAAUUCCUCAAGUUCAAGGACCCAAACCGCCUUUCAAUAUGUCUUACUCGCUUCCGCGAACAAGCAGAUAGACAUCUGACCAACUGGAUUCGAAAGCCCCGUGGUGACCCAGACACGACCACGAUCAAGAGUUCGUUUGGCGACCCACAACGCCAUCACGCACGAUUAACCUCAGAGGAGCGGGGCGAGCUCCAGGACUAUUUACUGCGGUUGUUAAACGACGACAAUAUCGCCAGUCAGCAACGUUCAAAAACUGCGAAACGAAGGUCUGACGAGUUUACUGACUACAGUUCAAAGAGAAGUCGCAACUCAUUUGACGACUCCCCAACCUGCGACAGCAUAGAUGACAUCCCAGUUCGCUCUAGAGCCGUGGAUUCGAAUGGUCGUGUGCAUGCGGGACGGGCCGCUCGCCGCUCAGGUACGGCUUCGUUCCCCAAUGGCGUCACAAGUCCCGUCACAUCGUUUUCAAGCACACAACCUCAGUCUUUGUCUUUUGGUCCAGCCUCUUUCAACUCUAGCAAAGCUUCACUGGCCCCGACUGUUUUCUCUGCAACCACAAACGGUGCUCCAAGCACCCAAACAACAUAUUUGACGAACCAUUCCUUCCAAGGUUCGCGAACUUCUUUUCAAUCCUCUCAGCUCGAUCGCAGGGACCAUAAAAAACAGAAUGGCUCAGAUAUUCCAUUCUCCCAAAGGAUACAGCAGUUCCAAUUCAACCCUCAAAGUACGGCCAGCCGCAAUGUCGACCCAGCCAAGCCAUCCUCGUCCAGGCGACAUGAGUCGGAAGUAUUCCCUCAGCCUGUUGGCACGCCUGUUGAUGAGCCCGAGCUGCCUCCUCUGGCGAUGCCCCAACCUGUGCGAAGUCAGCAUCUUAACAUGAAGAAAAGAGAGGCAAUCCGGUCUAGCAGUCCUGGAACAGCCUACUCUAGCUUGCCCGAGAUGAACGAGUUGGAUACGUUGCUUCUUGAUGCAUCAGGUCCUGGUACGACACCAGAUUCAUGUGUCCUAACAAAGCGCCUGCGAAAUAUUUGGCCCAAGUUUCCCAUUCCCGGACUGAACCAGGCACCUCUGAUCAUCUUGUGGGAAUUAACCCGUGCUGCGCUUCACUGCCGCGUGGAUUUGUCUGGUUGGGAUCUCGAAUACAAAGCCGAUCAAACUUGGCACGAUCAAACCAGUUUCAGGGCUUUGAUCUUCCGGCAUCGACUCUUCAUUGGAGCAGGACUGCCACCGCCUUGCGACCGUGUGGUUUGGAACGCAGCUUUUGAGUCCUUUGCGUUGCACGACAAGAAUGUUACUCUUGCUGCAGAGUUUGUCAUCAACACUGAGGACUCUGGUCCUCUAUACAAGCUCAAGCUUCAGCCUCCUCGCCUUGAACUUGGUCAUCGGCUGGCUCGCCGUUUUGGUGCUGACCGGUUCAUGGAGAUUAUUAUACCAUCCCCAACCUCUAGAGAUGCUCCCGAAAUAAUUAGGAGCGACGAGCAAGGAGCCGACAAGGUUAUUGGAUGGCUAAACGAUAACCUGCACUAUUUCCUUGGGCACCCUCGUCCUCCUCACAAGUCCAUCACGAUUAUGCAGGAGCGUGUUUACUUCUUUGCGAUUGAUGGCAACAAUUUUCGACUACCCGAAAACCGGUUUCCAGCACUCGAAGAAGCAACGUCCCUCGAGUAUCGAACAAAGAUGCGGCGCUCUGAUAUUUUGAAGUGGGCUAUUGAUGUCGAGGCGAAUGCUUUCCAACCCGUACCAAAACUAUUCUCACGGCUUGCUCUCAGCCUUAGCAAAACAUGUCCUACCGUCGUUCUUGAACCUCACCAGUUUCGCCAUCGUGACACUAUGCUGGGCUUCCACAAGUACAUGAGCAGUCGAGACAGAGAAGAGCAGAAGGAUAUGGGUGAUGGUAUCGCCAGGAUGUCCCGAGGUCUUGCACGCAGAGUCUCAAUCCAUCUAGGCCUUUUGGAGACUCCAUGCGCAUUUCAGGCUCGUAUCGGCAGUGCAAAGGGGAUGUGGAUUGUCGACGUUGAAGAUGAUGGAUUGGAUGACGAUGUUUGGAUUGAGACGUAUCCAUCUCAGCGCAAGUGGGAGUGCGAAUUUGAAGAUGUUCACCACAGAACGUUUGAAGUACGAGAAUGGUCCAGGGAGCUGAAGUCUGCGUCGCUCAACACGCAGUUCAUCCCAGUUCUUGAAGCACAGGCUCCAAAUCCCAACAGCAUGCGCAAUGUCAUAGCUAACCAUUUAGCCAAUGGUCUUCAGGAUGAUAUUGGAGGUCAGCUUGCGGCCAUGACACAUCCCACAAGCCUUCGUGGCUGGACACAUCGCGGCUUCGAUCGAUCAAGCCUUGGUCGUGUUCCCUUUGUCGGAGGACUGCCAGACCACGAUGACGACAUAGUGUCUUUUAUGCUCGAUGCUGGUUUCGAUGCCACCAAGUGUCGUUUCCUUCGAGACUUGGUGUGGAAUAACCAGAAGCGACAGGCAGAACAGCUCAAAGCAAAGAUGAACAUCAAGAUUCCCCGAUCGGCAUACGCUUUUAUGGUGGUGGACUUUACCGGAACAUUGGAAGAAGGCGAGGUGCAGCUAGCUUUCUCUUCCAAGUUCCAGGCUGAUGGUGAGUCAGACACACUGUUAGAUGAUAUCGACAUCCUGGUUGCCCGAGCUCCAGCCCAUUUUGUGAGCGACGUACAAAAGGUCAGGGCUGUGUUUCGACCAAACUUGAAACGGCUGAAGGACGUCAUUGUGUUUUCGUCAAAGGGCAAAUCGCCUCUGGCCGACAUGCUUUCGGGUGGUGACUACGACGGUGACCAGGCUUGGGUUUGCUGGGAUCCCGAUAUUGUUCGCAAUUUUAGCAACGCAUCAAAGCCUGCCGAGCCAGAUCUCGUAAAACAGGGAUAUCUCCGAAAGUCUAACCCAAGCUUCCAGUCCAUUCUCGAGACAACCCCUGACAUGGAGAGUGCUUGUACGGACUUUUUACGCUCAGCAAUCUCGUUCAAUAUGCAACCAACUUACUUGGGUAUCGCGACCAAGUUCAAGGAAAAACUCUGUUACUUGGAAGGCGGAGUCAACAGUGAACGAGCUGUAGCCUUGAGCACAUUGGUCGCUCUGCUGGUUGACCAGGCUAAGCAGGGCUUACUGUUCACUCGCGGAGACUAUGAUCGACUGAAACGAGACAUGGAAAUGCGUGGCAAAGAACCAGAAUACGAGAAGGAAAGAAGUUCUGUACAGAACUACAAGGGCGAGAAUGGGUUCAUUCAUAUCCUCGACUUUCUCAAAUUUGUGGUUGCUGAAGAUACGAUCGCUCACGCCUUGAAGCAAUUCUAUGAUGCCCUUCAAGUCUCCAGUGUUCAGGCAUGGGAUAAGGAUUUGACCCGUCUUUUCAACAAAUACAAUGAUCAAAGGAGGGUUUCCAAAACAGUUGAAAGACUCAUGACAGACAUUGUCGCGCACGUUGAUGCCAUCACCACGGAAUGGAGAGUUGCAAUGGCAGGAAGCAAACAUGACAGCUCGAGCAGCGAAUACUCGGCAAAGGUCAAGGAGCUGCAUCAUAAAUGGUCUUCGUACAAGCCAUCGACUACGUUGAUGAAUAUGAGAAUUGUUGAGCCGCUCCUCGACACCUGGAAUGGCGAUCCAGCGUUGAGCAGGUGGGAGCUACUCAAAGCAUCCACCCUGUUCAAGCUGAGAUACGAAACAGCAUACGCUAUGGUCUGGCGCCUUGUGGGAAAGCAGUUGGCAUGGAUGAAAGCGAUGGUGUCGCGCAGUACCUCGGACACCAGUGCUAUCGCUGUGACGGCUGAGAUGUGGAGUAUACUUCGACCUGACAACAAGCGCAUCGCCGCACUCAAUGCUCAAAGGCAAAUUGGGCACGACGAUGAGAGUUUGGCUGCCUUGGAAGAGGUUACAGAAUACGACGACGAGACGGGGACACAAAUCGACGAUGCUUAGAGGCGCAUUGGCUGGGCUGGUUCAGCGAUCUCAGGCG